AUGGAGCAUCUCACCUCGCUGUGCACGGCGGCGAAAGAUUCGCUCUUCACGGUGCCAGGGAUAGUCUGCGUGGGUGCUGCGUACCUCACAGCAGUGCAGCUUCUUCGUUUCAGGAGGAUUCGCAGUCUAGAGAAGCAGUAUGGGUACCAUACUCGUGAGGAAAUGAGCAAGAUGACCAACGACGAGGCGUGGGCGAUUCAUCAGACCAUGAUGACGCUUGAAUUUCCGUUCUUCACACUGAAGGGACUGCAGUUCGCACUGUUCAAGACGUAUGGCAUUCCUACUAUCUCGACACUGCUGGUGCAAACCUCAGAGCUGUCCAACCCGCAGACGUCACCAAAGCGAUAUAUGGACACUUCUGUCCUGAUCAACGAGUUCGUGUCAAACCCGCCCACCUCAGAGAGGGCACUUGAAGCACUCACCCGCAUGAAUUAUCUACAUAGUCAGUACCGUAAAGCAGGUAAGAUACUGGAUGACGACAUGUUAUACACUCUCAGCCUGUUUGCACUUGAACCAGCCCGAUGGGUGGACCGGUACGACUGGCGCAAGAUCACCGACCUGGAGAGAUGUGCGGUGGGAACGUUCUGGAAGAGCAUAGGAGAUGCGAUGGAAAUCAAGUACGAUAAGCUGCCAUCAGCCAGCUCAGGCUUCAGAGACGGAAUACACUGGCUGGAGGAAAUCGAUACCUGGAGCAGGGAGUAUGAACGCAAGUGCAUGGUUCCAGACAAGAACAACCAUGAGACGGCCAACGAGACCGUGAAACUGCUGCUUUAUAAUGCGCCAAAGUUCUUACACCCCGUCUUGUGGAAGGGCGUUAUUUUCCUGAUGGAGGACCGUCUCCGGGUUGCGAUGAUCCCAUCUAAUCAGAUCGUGACCAGAUAUGAUCGCCCUGAGUGGAUAUAUAGGUUCAUCUUCGCAAACACCCUUGCCCUGCGCCAGUUCGUAGCCCGCCAUCUCCUGCUACCCCGCCCCUAUUGGCGCCGCGCCGUUCGCCAUUCCGAAGAGGGUGACGACGGCUCGAGUCCACAUAGCGUUUUAGCCUGGGACAACGCGCCCUACUAUGUCAAGCCCACGCUAUGGAACCGCUGGGGACCAGAGGCACUGUACACUCGGCUGCUGGGCAAGCCGGUCCCUGGUGACGAUGGCGAUAAGUAUUUUCCGAACGGGUUCGUCACUUCGAGCGUGGGGCCGCAACGGUUCUUGGGCAAGGGUGAGGAGUAUCAUGGCCAGAUGAAGAAGAAGCUGCAGGCUGAGCGGACGAGGCAGUGUCCUUUUAUGCGAUGA